GGGAAAGGGUCUUACACAGCGUAGUGUGCAUAAUAUAAGUUUAACUCCUAAUGAGCAGGACACGAUUUUCAGACUCUUGAACAUAACAACAGCAAUCAAGGCAGCAUACUUGAGAGCUCUGCACAAUCCUGUGAUCCAGAGGGAAAACAACUUUCUGUAGGGCUCAACUGAUUAAUGGAACGCAGUGCCACUAGAAUUCUGUAACUAGACAAGACUGGGACAAGGAUACUCUUGAAGAACGUCUUUUGGAAUGGAAUAAGCUGUUCUGUCCUUAGAGAACUGCAGUUUAGCACGGCUAGAACUGAAAAUAUUUUAGGAUGCCAGAACACGCCCUUCAGGAAAAGCUGAAGAAACAAAAUGGAACAAAUCCAGACUGUGAAUUGUUCCCAUGCUUAGCAUCAAUCAAGAAGAGAGAAAUGGGGAACUCGGAAAGUCAGUACAGUCUGCAAGGAACAAGAAGUCCUAAUGGCAGCGCUGUGCCAGAUGCUAAACAGAAGAGCUGUUCUCUAAAAAUUCAUGGCAUACAUACAAAAGAGGAGAAAGGUUGGACUUCACCCGGCUGGGAACGUAAUAGUAGCAGUGUGACCUACAAAUCACGAUCAUUGGCAAGAACUUGUCUCUCUCAGUGCAAAAGCAACCCACCAUAUUCAUCAAAGCAUGGUGAUAUUGUGUUAAAAGGUUCUAAAAGUAUCACUCACUCCAAGUUUAGGCCAAGUGUGCCUGGUGGUUGUUGCCAGGGAAACAAUAACACAUAUUUGCCAGAUAAUGGCUAUCAUUAUGUUGAGACAAGAGAUCAUAUGGGAUGUAAUGGGCACAUUUUAAACUGUUAUGGUAUCCAUGAGAGCAUGCCAUCUGCCAUGCAAGCAGAAGAAAGAAAGAGUCCAAAAGUUAUAAUUAAAACAUUAGGAAAACUGGAUAGCUGUCUUAGAGUUGAAUUUCACAACAGUGGUAAUUGUGUCCCCACUGAGGACUCUGAUGGACCAGUCCAACUGUUGAGAUAUUCUCCUGCAUUGGAAUCAAAGGAAACCAAGCAACAUGAACCUCAGAGGAGUCCAACCAUGGAUUACACAGCGAGCCAUGGACUGAUGGCAAGUGACAGUGGUCUUAGAUCUAGCAAAGGCAGCUCAAUAAGUUCUGAUUCAUCAUGGUAUGAUUGCCCAUGGGGAAAUACUAGAGACAUUAAUGACAUGGAUGGUUCAUAUAUGACAAGGAGUACUCCAGACACCAGCAUACAUGGGGAUGUGAUGCCAAAUGACAACAAUCAAAUCUUUAACCAGAGGUCAUCACUUUCAUCCCUGCGUGAGCUCUACAAACGUUCUAAUUUAGAAGGAGUCAUGACUCCAGGAGGUCGAUUCUCUGAUGAAUAUCUAGGUGCACAUCAGAACCUCUGUAAUAGAGUCUCUUUUGCUUCAGAGAUUGAUGUUCCAUCAAGAGUAGAGCAUAGAGCACCAACACAAUAUUCUUCUUACACACUUCCCUGCAGGAAGUCAAGGCCGUUAGCUGAGGAUUCUUCUAAGAAAGACACACUAAAAAACCGAAUGAGACGUAUCAGUGAUUGGACAGGCAGUCUUUCAAGAAAGAAAAGAAAACUGCAGGAUCCAAAGUAUAAAGAUGUCAGUGAAUGCUUUGACAGUGGUAUCGAUGGGGUCACGGCUGAGACCAACUCCUCUCCACGGCCUUCUGGUUCGGUGUGGUCUUCAGGGUCUGGACAGCUCCUGUCACAGAGAAAUGAACAUAGCAAUGCAGUUAACAGUGAUGUCUUAAGGCAGAACAUUUAUGAAAACUUCAUGAGAGAGCUUGAACUGGAAAAGACCAGCGCUGAGGAAACGGCCACAUCUACGGGAACUGAAGAAUCAAGCAAUGAUUCACUUAGUUCUUUGGAGCAGCUUGACCUGCUUUUUGAGAAGGAACAAGGAGUUGUUCGCAAAGCUGGGUGGCUCUUUUUCAAACCUCUAAUCACUCUGCAAAAGGAAAAGAAACUGGAGUUAGUAAAUCGGAGGAAGUGGAAGCAGUAUUGGGUAACACUUAAAGGUUGCACCCUGAUGUUUUAUGAGACCUAUGAAGGAAAUUCCAUGGAGCAGAACACGUCACCGAGAUACGCCCUUCUUGCUGAAGACAGCGUAGUGCAGUCAGUUCCGGAGCACCCGAAGAAGGAAAAUGUGUUCUGUCUUAGCAAUUCUUUUGGAGAUGUCUACUUAUUUCAGGCCACCAGUCAGACUGACCUUGAAAACUGGGUUACUGCUGUUCACUCAGCAUGUGCCUCCUUGUUUGCAAAGAAGCAUGGAAAGGAAGAUACCAUCAAGCUUCUGAAGAGUCAGACCAGAAGCCUGAUUCAGAAGGUGGACAUGGAUAGCAAAAUGAAAAAGAUGGCAGAACUGCAACUGUCAAUAGUCAGUGAUCCAAAGAACAGAAAAGCCAUAGAAAAUCAGAUCCAACAGUGGGAACAAAAUUUGGAGAAAUUUAACAUGGAUCUUUUCAGAAUGCGAUGUUACUUGGCCAGUCUUCAAGGAGGUGAAUUACCAAACCCAAAGAGUCUACUGGCAGCAGCUGGACGUCCUUCAAAAUUAGCACUGGGAAGACUUGGCAUAUUCUCAGUCUCCUCGUUUCAUGCACUGAUCUGCUCCCGGGAUGAGUCUGCACUAAGGAAGCGGACAUAUUCUCUUUCCCAAAAAAUGCACAUUAAGAAGAGCUUAUUUUCUUCACUGAAAGGACUGGAUACUCUGGCUAGGAGGGGUAAAGAGAAAAGACCUUCAAUAACUCAGGUUUUCGACACCAGUGGAAGCCAAGGAGGCGCUGGGUCACAGGUGCCACCCAAUUUGAACACCUCCAGUGAGCAUGUGGAUGAGUUAAUGACAAUCUACGGCUCAGUUCAGGAUGGCAGCCAGACAGAAAAUUCUUGGGUUGGAAGAAAUCUUGGUUUGGAAGAAAUUAUGGAAAUCCCAACAUUUGUUCACUUCCAUGAUGGGCAAGGAGUCACAAUAAAUCUAAGGCCGGAUCACAAGACAGAGGAUGUUUUGACUUUGGCAUGCAAAAUUCGACAUUUGGACCCUAGUAACUAUGGUUUACAUCUUCGAAAACAUGCAGAUGAAAACAUUGAGUAUUAUAUUGCUUCUCCUGUGGACUUCAUACAAGAUCAGGUUUAUGAUGAGCUAGAAAUCUUUCCAUUGGGUGUUUACAAUGUGCACCUUGUAAAGACUGGAAAAAUAACAGAUUUUGGAUUUGCUGUAGCAGCUCAGAUUAAUGAGCAUAAAAAGCUUACUCAUAUUUAUGUUAGUUAUGUCCAACCUGAAGGACUGGCUUAUAGGGAAGGUUUACGUACAAGGAAUGAAAUUGUCUAUAUUAAUGGAGAAGCUAUUAUUGACCUUGACCUUCGGAAGAUGGAGUAUUACUUUUCUGAGAAGAGUGUGCUAUUGUCGUUGAGAUCUUGCCAUGUUGAUGUGAAGCCUACAAUAACUUCUUCAUGGUCAGAAAAUGACAUCUGCACCAAUCAGAAAAGGCCUUUACCACCUGCAAACCAGUCCCAGCUUCUGGAGGAAUUUCUAGAUAAUUUCAGAAGGAAUUCAAUGAAAGAUUUAUGCAACGUGCCAGAUGUAAGUGUUGGUAAUCUGAAAAGGAGCAACACGGAUGAUGCAUUGGAUCAGGUGCAUUCAAGAGAGAGAAUGGAUGUUAUUAACCAGACUUAUAAGAGUGCUGAGCAGAUUUCUGCCUUGUGCCGAAGCAUGCAGGAAGUAAACCAGGGCAUGAUGGAUCGGCAAAAUGACAGUCCAGACCCUCCUCGAAGACCACUAGCUAGACACUUGUCAGAUGCAGACCGGCUCCGUAAAGUCAUACAAGAACUUAUUGACACUGAAAAGUCUUAUGUGAAGGAUCUGAGCUGCCUCUUUGAAUUAUAUUUGGAACCCUUGCAAAGUGAAACAUUUCUUACUCAGGAUGAGAUGGACUCUUUAUUUGGAAGCCUGCCAGAGAUGCUUGACUUCCAGAAGGUGUUCUUGCAAACCCUGGAAGAUGGCAUUACUUCAUCUUCUGAUUUUAAUGUACUUGAAACUCCGUCACAGUUUCGGAAACUGCUUUUUUCUCUUGGAGGAUCAUUUCUAUAUUAUGCUGAUCAUUUCAAGUUAUACAGUGGAUUUUGUGCAAAUCAUAUCAAGGUGCAGAAGGUUCUUGAGAGAGCUAGAACAGACAAGGCUUUUAAGGAAUUUUUGGAUGCCAGAAAUCCCACAAAGCAGCACUCGUCCACAUUGGAGUCAUACCUUAUAAAGCCUGUGCAAAGGGUCCUGAAAUACCCACUACUGUUGAAGGAGUUGGUUUCCUUGACUGACAAUGAAAGUGAGGAGCACUACCAUCUCACAGAAGCACUAAAGGCUAUGGAAAAGGUAGCAAGUCAUAUAAAUGAAAUGCAGAAGAUCUAUGAAGAUUAUGGAACGGUAUUUGACCAGCUAGUUGCAGAGCAGAGUGGAACUGAGAAAGAGGUGACAGAGCUUUCCAUGGGAGAACUCUUGGUUUACUCUACUGUAACCUGGCUAAAUUGUUUCCCAUCAUUAGGGAAAGCAAGGAGAGACUUAGAACUAACAGUGUUUGUUUUUAGAAGGGCUGUCAUAUUGGUGCACAAGGAACAUUUCAAGCUGAAAAAGAAAGCUUCCUCAAACACACGUGGCUCUCAAUAUCACGGUGAUAUCGAUCAAUUCAAAUUCCGAUGGCUUAUUCCUUUGUCAGCUCUUCAGGUCCGACUCGGCAAUGCAGCAGGAACAGAAAAUAACUGCAUGUGGGAACUUAUUCAUACGAAAUCUGAGAUCGAAGGAAGACCAGAAACUGUUUUCCAGCUGUGCAGCAGUGACUGUGAAAGUAAAACAAGCACUGUAAAGGUAAUACGUUCAAUUUUGAGGGAGAACCUACGACGUAACAUAAAAUGUGACCUGCCAUGGGAGAAGUCCUACAAAGAUCGCCUGGUCCCUUUAAGAAACAGAAUUCCUUUGUCUGCAAAACUAGCUUCCACAAGGUUGUUAAAAGUUAUGAAACACACAUCUAACAGUGACUGGAACACAAGCAUUAACAAAGGAAAUGGACCAGAUUCUGAUGAUGGGAGCUUAAGCAGCAGCACUCAGAGUAGCGGGUGCCACACCAGUGAUAGCCUACAGGAAUAUAAAAAUCGUUCUCCAGUGAGUCAUCAGCAGAUGAGUUCCUCAGAUGCUACAAGUGUCACUCUAAAGGAAUCUGAUAUUUUAAGUGAUGAUGAUGAAGAAUUCCAAUUGAUAAACAUGGAAAGUAGUCCCACAAAAGACAUUGAGGUUCACUUCAAGACACUUAAUAUAUCAGAGCAUUCUAAUAAGAAAAUUGAGCAUGCAGAGUCUGCCACCAUUGAGACUGAGCCUGAUUUUAAAUUAAAAGAUCACCCAAAACUUGUACGUGGACACUUUUGUCCAAUUAAGAGGAAGGUUAACAGUACAAAACGAGACAAAGGGUUUAUGCAGGCUAUGAAAGAUCACCAGCAGGCUCUUAAGAGUCAAUCGGAUAAUGCUAAUGUUGAUUUGAAUACCAUUUUGGAGCGAGAGUUCAGUAUUCAGAGUUUGACCUCAGUUGUAAAUGAGGACUGCUUUUAUGAAACCGUUGAGAACUGUGGGAAUGUAUAGCUCUGUUGGUAAAAUGAAAUGUGCAACAUGCAGAAAAAUGUUUUUGGUGUUUUAUUUUUGAGACUUGACAAGUUGAUUCUCAAUUUGGGGUAACAUAGUGCUUGUUUCACUCCAACCCGCUUAAAAAUGUCCUUAUUUGUUAUCAUUAAAUGCUACUUGUGAGGUAGAAUUAAAAGAAAGAACUACUUACUGUAACUGUUUAGUUUUGUGCACUAUUUCAUUCUGCCACAACUUGAGUUAUUUAAGUUAUUUUCUAUUUAUUUUGAAUUGGGGAAACUUUAAAUAUGGCAAUAUUCUGUGUCAAAAAUGAUCAGGUGUCAAAUACAAAUGUAUUAAGUUAUAUAAAAAGAACAGGAGCAUUCUGAUACUGUAUGACCCACAAACCCAAAGUUUCAUUUCUUUGCUUCAGUUAUGCUAGGGUGGGUAAGACGGCUAAGAGUUACAAACCGGUCAGAUUAUAGGGACCACCAUGCAAAGUAUCUGAUUAGAGAGGUGAAUGCAUGUUCUCAAAUUGUGUUUGUAGCUCUUACGGACUAAAAAUUCCACACCUGAUUUAGGGCAUUCUUCUAUACAGGUUUUACUUUUUCCCCCCUGAAACUUAAGUUAUUUGCAGGUGUUCAGUGCACCAUAGUAUGGACAUUUUUCAUUUUGUAACUCAAAAUGCUGUUUAUACUAAACUUUAUAAAUAUAUAUGUAUAAAAUAUCUUGUACUGUAAUCAUUUUUUUGUUUGGUUGUAUUUUUAUUUACUUUAACUUGUACAGUAAAAUGCAUUAUUUGUUGCCC